AUGCCGUCUUUGGACAUUAUCGAUCACUCACCCCACCAUCCGGACCCCUCGCCACCUAUUCCGACGGCCUCUAACUUGAUUUUGAUUGACAACUACGACUCUUUCACCUGGAACGUUUAUCAGUAUCUCAUCCUCGAAGGCGCGAACGUGACUGUCUUCAGAAAUGAUAAGAUCACUCUGGCAGAGCUGAUCGACAAGAAGCCGACACAGCUGAUCAUCAGCCCUGGGCCUGGACAUCCCACUACCGACUCUGGGGUUAGUCGAGAUGCCAUUAAGCACUUUUCCGGCAAGAUUCCCAUAUUCGGCGUAUGCAUGGGACAGCAGUGCAUUUUUGACGUCUAUGGAGGCGAGGUUGGGUCCGCGGGAGAAUGGCUCCACGGCAAGACGUCUCCUUUGACGCAUGAUGCUAAGGGUGUUUACGCUGGUCUGCGUCAAGGUCUUCCGGUCACUCGAUACCACUCACUCGCCGGCACCCGUGUUACCCUUCCGAGCUGCCUGGAAGUCACUUCUUGGGUUGCAACAGAGGACGGGUCUCCCGGGAUCAUUCAAGGCGUGCGGCACAAGGAGUACACCAUCGAGGGCGUCCAAUUCCACCCGGAGAGUAUUCUCACCGCCGAGGGUCGCACAAUGCUCCGCAACUUCUUGCAGCUUCAAGGCGGUACUUGGGAGGAGAAUGCCCAACUCCAGAAGGGCUCUGCAACCAACGGCGGUGCCACCAAGACCGCGGCUUCUGCGCCGACUGCGAGCAAGAAAAACAACAUCUUGCAACAAAUCUACGCCCACCGUAAGGCUUCAGUUACCGCUCAGAAACUUAUUCCCUCACAAAGACCUGCGGACCUGCAGGCUGCCUACGAUCUCAAUGCCGCCCCACCCCUGGUCCCAUUCGUUGACCGUUUGCGCCAAACUCCAUUCGAUGUGUCCCUUAUGGCAGAGAUCAAACGAGCUUCGCCUUCGAAGGGUGUUUUCGACAUCAAUAUCAACGCUCCGACCCAGGCCCGAAAAUACGCCCUUGCAGGCGCCAGUGUUAUCUCCGUUCUGACUGAGCCUGAGUGGUUCAAGGGGAGCAUUGAGGACCUUCGGGCCGUGAGACAAGUCUUGAACGGCAUGCCCAAUAGACCGGCAAUCCUUCGCAAGGAGUUCAUUUUUGAGGAGUACCAGAUCCUCGAAGCUAGACUAGCCGGUGCCGACACGGUUCUGCUAAUCGUUAAGAUGUUGGAGACAGAACUGCUGGAGAGGUUGUACAAGUACUCUCUCUCCUUGGGAAUGGAGCCGCUGGUCGAGGUUCAGACUGCCGAAGAGAUGACGACUGCUUUGAAGCUUGGUUCCAAGGCUAUCGGCGUCAAUAAUCGCAAUCUGGAGAGUUUCGAAGUCGACAUGAACACAACAAGCAGACUGAGAAGCAUGGUCCCGGAGAAUACCAUCAUCUGCGCUCUCAGCGGCAUAAACAGUCACAAGGACGUCAUCUUGUGCAAAAACGAUGGGGUCAAUGCUGUGCUCGUUGGAGAAGCCAUCGUCAGAGCACCAGAUACAACAAAGUUCAUCAGAGAAUUGUGCUCGGGAACCGAUGCCGAGGCCGAAUCAGUCGCGACCCAUCCACUGUUCGUCAAAAUUUGCGGUACACGAACCCCCGAGGCUGCCCUCGAGGCUGUGAAAUCCGGUGCUGACCUUGUCGGCAUUUGUCUGGUUCCGGGAGCAAAACGUUGCAUAUCAGAUGAGACGGCGGCGGCGAUCUCUGAGGCAGUGCACUCCUUCACACCCUCGAGCACACGCGCGCCAUCAAGCGUACCUACAGAGUCUGCCACAGACUAUUAUACAGCUUCUGUUGCCAGACUGUCAAGCCCCCGUCCUCUUCUCGCUGGAAUCUUCCAGAAUCAACCCCUGGAUGAGGUGCUAGAGAAGCAAAAGCGCUUCAGCCUGGACAUUGUUCAGCUCCACGGGAUUGAACCCAUCGAAUGGGCAAAUCUUAUCCCUGUCCCCGUCAUCCGGGCCUUCAAGCCUGGCAAUAUCGGCAUCGGUCUGCGCGGCUACCACACGAUCCCCUUACUUGACUCCGGUGCUGGCUCCGGCAAGCUUAUUGACGUCUCUAGCGUCAAAGAUAUACUUGCAAAAGACGCCGAACUUCAAGUCUUUCUUGCUGGUGGCCUGAACCCUGACAACGUGCUUGACGCGGUCAAGGCUGUGGGUGAGUUCAGCAACCGCAUCUUGGGCGUCGACGUCAGCAGUGGGGUAGAGGAUGACGGCAAGCAAAGCCUGGAGAAAAUCAGAUUGUUCGUCAAGAAUGCGAAAAGCUUUCGAUAG